AUGCAACUUGGGCAGAUCAAAAAUGAAAUUCUUGCCAUAAAGGAUGAGCUGCUGAACCAUGCUGUCAAGGAGACUAACCCUCCAGCUGAUCCUCCUCGUUAUUCUGAUGUACUGCGCAACAGAACUAAACCAGCCAUUGUUAUUCGUCCGAAAAAUACUAAUCAGUCAAUAACACAAGCCAAGACGGACAUUCCAAAAUCAGUUGCCGCUGUUGAAGCCAACAUUCAUCUGGGUAAAGUUCGUGAUAUCAAGGAAGGUGGGCUAGUGCUUGGUUGUAAGAGCAAGGCGGAUAACUUAAAACUGCUUUCCAUUGCAAAAGAGAACUUAGGUGAUUCAUAG